AGACUGAGUCUGGGUGCAAAAAGUCGGAUCCAUUUUCAUCGAAGAUAGAACACUCUGGCCGAAGCCGAGACUGAGAGACUUACACGAGAAAGAUAUGGCUAGAUCGUUCGCGGCUGCACUAUGGACUCUGGUCCUGUUUGGAACCGUCAGUCUCAUUCAGGCAAAGAAGGAUGAUUUGAAAGAGAUUACGCAUAAAGUUUACUUUGAUGUUGAGAUUGCUGGGAAACCUGCAGGGCGCGUUGUCAUUGGUCUUUUCGGAAAGGCUGUUCCUAAAACUGCAGAAAAUUUCAGGGCAUUGUGCACAGGAGAGAAAGGUACUGGGACGAGUGGAAAGCCUCUUCAUUUCAAGGGGAGUGCAUUCCAUAGAAUUAUUCCCAGCUUUAUGAUCCAAGGAGGUGAUUUCACUCUUGGCGAUGGAAGAGGUGGAGAAUCAAUAUAUGGUGAGAAGUUUGCUGAUGAGAAUUUCAACCUGAAGCAUACUGGACCAGGGCUUCUGUCAAUGGCAAACGCUGGUCGUGAUACCAAUGGUUCACAAUUCUUCAUCACAACUGUGACCACUAGUUGGUUGGAUGGCAAACAUGUUGUGUUCGGAAAGGUAUUAUCUGGAAUGGACGUGGUUUACAAGAUUGAAGCUGAAGGAAAACAGAAUGGCCAACCCAAGAGUAAAGUCGUGAUUGCUGAUAGUGGCGAACUUCCCCUAUAAUUCCCUUACCUAUCACUACAAAGUUUAUCAGUUAAUCUCUCUCUCUCUCUGUGUUACCAUUGAGACAUGUCAUAAUGCUUCUUUUUUUUCGCUCCUUUACCAUGCAAGUAGUUCGAACAGUGCUAACUUUUCAUACCUCGUUUCUGUUUGCUUCCAAUGUGGGAUUAGUCCCUCUCAAGAAAUCAAUUUCAAUGAGUUUCUUAAUUGUGUA